AGUGAAUGUGGUUUCGUCAGUCUCUAGCUCCAUGCUCUGGCGAUCACGAUGAUUUGAAAUUCCAUAAUCAGAAUGAGAUGCUAACGACAUUCAACUGGGAUUGGAUUUGACCAGCCAUGGCAGACUCCAACUAUCCAGAAGGAUUUGAGUGGCUCGUCCAAGGGAAGACGACAAAACUCCCAUCGCAGGACUCGAACGUAGUCCGUGUGUUCCUGAGCUCCACAUUCACAGACACAAUCCACGAGAGGAACCGGCUUCUUAAGGAUGUCUUCCCGGAGUUGCAGAAAUACUGUCAGGGGAAAGGACUGGAUUUCGAGGUGGUUGACAUGAGAUGGGGAGUGCGGGACAAUGCCACGGCUGAUCAUCUAACCUCUGCCCUCUGCAUCAAAGAGAUUGAGACCUGUAAACGGCUGUCCAUGGGACCACACUUUGUGGGUUUUCUGGGAAAUAAAUAUGGCUAUCGACCUUUGCCCCCAGUGGUUGAGUCCGCCCACUUUGAAAAGUUGACUUGCUCUGUCCAAUCACUGGGCGUGGAACCUGACGAGUCCCAAUUGUUAGCCAAUUGGUACGUCCAGGACACCAAUGCCACGCCCCCAGUGCACGUGCUGCAGCCAAUCACGUCGCGCCUUCCUAACUUCUACAAUGCUGAACAGCCCGAGUUGCAACAGAAGGAACGAGACGAUUGGUGGAAGACCUUCGGGAGGCUGCAGAGGCUUUUGCAGAGAGGGGCAAGAGCCGCUGUCAAAGAAGGGCUCAUCACAGAGGAAGAAUCUGCGGUUUAUUUUGAAUCAGUGACUGAAAUUGAAGUAAGGGAGGGUUUAAAGGGGGUGGUAGACCCAUCUGCAAGCUGUCUCUUCUUCCUGCGUGAUCUUGAGGGUUUGGGAGUCAAGAUGGAAGAUGAGGCCACAAGACGUUAUCUGGACAUUGACGAGGAUGGGUCAGUUGACAGCAAUGCCCAGACCUCCCUGAAGAAUCUCAAGACCAACUACCUGCCAUCCAUCCUAGGAGAGGAAGCCAUCCACAGAUUCAGCCUUCCCUGGACCCCAUCAGGCAUCGACCCCUCCCACCCUGUGCAUGCCCAGUACCUAGACGACAUCUGCAACAGAUUCAGGGAUGGCAUUAGAGGGAUGAUUGACAGGAGUCUGGAACAGAGGUCAAAGGUCACAGAUCAAGCUGUGGCUGAUGUGUACGAAGAGCUUUUGCACCAUGCUGAGUUUUGUGACAGAAAAUGCAGUGUGUUUCAUGGACGGCAGGAGCUCAUGACCAACAUCCGAGAUUUCCUGUCCCUGAAGCCAGGCAGACCGCUGGUUGUACACGGAGUCUCGGGAUCAGGCAAGACAUCGGUCAUGGCCAUGCUGGCCAAGAACGCCUGUGAUUGGCUGAAGCAGGAGGUGGUCGUGGUGUUGCGAUUUCUGGGCACGUCAGGCCAGAGUUCAGGAAUCCAUGCCGUGCUACAGUCAGUGUGUAGACAGAUUUGCUAUGCAUACAACCUGAAGCAGCCAUGUUCCACCACACUUGGUGAUUACACCGAUCUGACAAAACUCUUCAGAAAGCUCGUAGCUACGGUGGCUACUCAAGAGAAGCCUUUGUUGCUGAUUUUUGACAGCAUUGAUCAACUGUCCGCUGCCAACGAUGCCCAUGCCGUGAACUGGCUGCCCAUGUCUGUACCAUCGCACGUUUUGAUCGUGGCAUCCAUGCUGUCACUUGACGAGCACAGAUGCCAGGAGAAGAUGCGACUCCUGCUCGCGGAUGACAGUUGCUAUCUUGAGAUGCAGCCGGUUCCCCAGGAAACGGGUCUUGAGAUACUCAACAGCUGGCUUGAGGUGAAGCGUCGUAAGUUGACGGAAGAGCAGCUCAUCAAAGUUUCUGAGGCCUUCUCCAAGUGUCCGCAACCCCUGUUUCUGAAGUUGCUGUUUGAAAACGUCCUGCAUUGGAAAUCCUACACCGGGAUGUCCUCAGAGAGGAGGCUGCCCACCAGCGUACGGGAAGCCAUCACAGACCUCUUUGAGGAGUUGGAGCACAAGCACGGCCAGAUUGUCAUCUCCCAUGCCCUGGGUUACAUCUCGGCAGCCAAGAGUGGCAUCACAGAGGCAGAGAUUGAGGAUGUCCUUUCAUGUGACGAUGAGGUGCUGAAUGAUGUGUACCAAUAUUGGGAUCCACCAGCAGAGAACAUCGUGCGAACACCUCCCUCUCUCUGGAAGAGAAUCCACUAUGAUGUCACUGAGUUUUUGUCUGAACGACAGUCAGGAGGUAAGACUGUCGUCGCUUGGUACCAUCGCCAAUUUAUUGAAGCUGCAGACGACCGCUACCUCAUUAAAGAAGAAAUUAUCUCGGCCCGUCACCAACUGCUAGCUGAAAUGUUCCUUGGUUCUUAUAGCGUAGGGAAAGUGCGACCUAUCACCUUGCAUAAGCGCAGUAAGGUCUUUCCUGAAGCCGAUCGACAGGUGGCACCUCAACCGUUGGAGUUCAGCAAUGGUGUCUAUAACAGAAGGAAGCUGAUAGAGCUGCCACAUCACCUUGCUGAAGCAGGAAUGUUGGAGGAGCUAGUCUCUCAUGUCCUCUGUAACUUCAACUGGCUCCUAACCAAAUUGGUAUCCUUCAGCUUCCUGGAGUUGAUGUUGGAUUUCCGCCCAUUAACUGAGGAAAUCAUCAUUCUAAUAGAGACCAUGUAUCUCGCAAGCAGCAACCUCAAGGUAGAUCCUUUCUCCCUGGCUGGACAGUUGAUCGGACGGAUUGGUGAUUACGGAAGCAAGUAUCCUAACCUGGAGAAGCUAAUCCAACAGGCGAAGGAUUGGAUAAGAAGCACCAAGCUCCCAGUAUUUGUACCUAGUGCUCCAUGCUUGAUACCUCCUGGUGGACCACUGCGCACAGUCUUUGGAGGCCAUCCCAGUUUGGUCUUAAGAGUAAUGUGCACUCCGUCAGGGGAACUCAUGUUAUCCGCUUGUCUUGAUUCAGAGGGCCACCCGAUGUUCAAUGUCUGGAACAUGUCCACUUUGGAGGUUGUCCAUACCUUGCAGAAAAAGAACGACAAAUCUCCCUUGGUCAAAAACAGCAAGGUGAACAUGUGCAUCAGCCAAAGUAGUCGGUAUGCCCUCUUUGGUAAGAACUCCCUGGCGUUGUUUGACCUGGUCACUGGAGAGUGUUUGCGGGAGUUAGACACUGACGGCCUCACAAGCUUUAGCAAUCUGACGUUUGAUGAGAAGGAUUCAAGAGUUUUUGCUUGUGCCGAGCCUGGAAAUGUGGUGUGCAUCUGGAGCUUCGCUGAUGGUCAGAAAAUAGCAUCCAUGCAGCACCCAGCGGAGGCUAUCUUCAUCACGACGCUAUCAUCUGGAGAAGAUCUUCUCUCUGUUUGCAGAGAUGGGAAACUUAGAGUGUGGUCUUUGAAAUCACAAGAGUGCGUUAUGUGUCAGACUGGGUACGAUGAAGGCAAGAUGGUGGCAUGUGCUGCUCUUACCCCAGGAGCUAGCCAUCUGGUAACAGGCAGCUCAGACGGUCUGAUAAAAAUCUGGUCUGUGCCGCUGACCCUCCCUUCUUCGGCAGAGAGCAUUACCUUGGAGUCGGAGAUCACCGUAUCCGUUAAGGAACCUCUACUGAGUAUUGUCCCCCAUUCAGACACUACCUUUGUGCUGCGAGACAGCAGCAGCGUUAGUCGAAUCAUUCACCUCGUUCCAGAGAGAGAUCCAACGGUUCUUGACCUGAAGGGGCAUGAUGGGCUGAUAACGUGUGUCUGGACCCAUCAAGGAGUUGCAGGAGACGGUGACAGGCCAUCCUUUGUAGUGACAGGGUCAAAGGACGACACGUUGAAAGUCUGGUCCCUGGAUGAUGGUAGAUGCCUCAACACAUUGAAGGGGCACUCCUCCUGGAUUUCUGAUGUUACUGUGUUGACCAUGGAGGAUGGGCCACGAGUGCUGUCGGCUUGCAAUGAUAAGACUGUGAAGAUGUGGAUACCAACCAAAGGAGAGGUAACAAAAAGAGACAGGCAUGAGCUAUCGGUACUGUGCAAUGCUCUGUUUAAGGGUACCAGCUCUCUAAUAGGUGUGUCGGGGAGCAAGGAUAAACAGACCAAGUUCUGGAACUUGGAUGAUGCCAGAUGCUUCAAAUCAGUAAGCUGUGCCUCGGUUGCCAUGGAGAUCCUGGAACCACAGGAGAUGGUAGUCUGUGGCACAGACACUGGAGAGGUGGUAGCUUUUCAGUUGGAAACAGGGUCUGAAGUCUGGCGCUGGCCUCUGUUCAAGAAGAGCAUCGCGGUGAUUGCCCUGGCCGCAAGGCAGACCGUUCUGGUGUGCUCCAAAGAGCCCUCAGACAAAUCAAUCAGGGUGUGUGAUGGAGCUAACCAACUGGAAGAAAAGUUCAGGUUGGUCGGACAUGCCGAGGCUACAACCAUUCUGAGAUCAGUGGUUGGUGAGGAGAAUCCCAUGUACUUGUCGGCUUCCAAGAUGGCCGGCGAGAUCAAAGCGUGGGAUGAUGUCAUGGGAAACUGCCUGACAACUAUGAUGCAUGAACAGGUCAUGUCCAUGGAAGUUUCCCCCAACUCCAAGUUUCUGGCCACCGGCUCCAAUAAGGGCACCGUCAAGGUCUGGUCGCUAGGCAGGACUUCCCUGGGUAGUCUAAUGGCCGAGUUGACCGGUCUGUACAAUGACACCAUCGUCUGUUUGGCAUUUGAUCGGGAGAAUCGUUACCUUGUCUCUGGGGCUCACACUGGCCAGGACCAGUUGCUGAUUUGGGACUUCCAAGGGAAUAAGAAGAGAUACUUGGUUGGGCACACCCAUGCUGUGAUGUCAGUCAGCGUGACAGUCAACAACAAGUAUGUGUUCAGUAGCUCACGAGACUGCACCAUCAAGGCAUGGAGUCUGGAGAGUGCCGACCUGCUGGCUUCUUUCGACUGCCAGUCACAGGUCAAAUUCUUCAAAUUUGUCGAAUUUGCCGAGGACCACUACCGCUUCAUUGCAACCAACCAGUCGGGUACCAUUGCAAUGCUGGACCUUUUGCUAGAGAAAGCCGAACGGGGUAAAAAGGACGAGCAGGGUACUAGACAAAGCAUGAGCUUGCCUCCUCCGAGGUCAGAGGUCAAUGGAAAUGCUUCAAAUGGAUCAACACCUCAUACUAAUGGUUCGAAUGAUAAAGGUCAUAAAAGGGUAAAGAAAAUGUCAAAAGUUUGUGUAGCAAUCUGAAGUUGGGUAAUGUCUAAAACAAAGAUCAGUUGGAAUAUAUAUUGUUUUUGCAAUCAAUCAAAAGUCAACCACUACUGCCGUUAAAGGGGUAUUAUGGCCUGAAAUCCCCGAAAACUUCAUGUUUUGGAUUGAUUACUUAUACUAUUUUGAAGGUCUAGUUAAAAGGAAACUAUCCUACUGUCUUACCGUUCCCAAGAAACAAAAAAAAAACACACCUGGUUGUUUACAUGGGAUGGGAUACACAUAACUAUUUUGUGUCAUUUUCAUUCAACGAACGAUACACGUUGUGUGUGCCACAUAAAUUACACACAGCAACAAAAUACAAAAAUUUUGUUUCGUGCACAUCCACAGAAAUACGACCGCUGUGUGGCUGGAAUCAAAACUAGCAUUGAACAGCUUGAUUUUUCUGGGAAACAAAAUUGUGACCCCCAAAAUUUGUUCUCGCAUGGUUCUCGCAAGAAUAACACAAAACGCCCAGUUUUUAAAGGAUGGUUGUGUGGACGUUUAUAUUCCACUUUUAAAUGCUCUUUCCAUCGAUAGUAUCAUUUUGUUUAAAACACGUUUUAUAGCCCAAUUGGGUGCAUUCCAGGCCGUAGUGUCCCUUUAAUAAGUCCCACCAAACGUGCCUGAAAGAUUUCGACGAGGGCCGAAUGCAGAAGCAGACAAGUGAGAAUGGAAAUGAUUGUAUUUUAAGAAAACCUAAAAGGCAAUAAGACCAAUUUUUUUUGCACAUUAAUUAACCAGAUUCUUUAUUAACAAUUUGUGUGUGACAAAAUGCUGCUGUAUUUUUGGGAAAAGAGCCCACAUAGUUUUCAUCAAUAAACUAUGUGUAUAUCUUUAAAGGUUUUUUAUUCUGACUGCUGUGUUGUAUUAAAGUGAAUUUAACAGGGUUUUUUUUAGACAUAAAUGCUUUUAAACUCGUGUCUAUCUCUUAUAUCUGUUUGCUUGUAUAUUUCCUUGUGUGCAAUAGAACGUUAGAAAAAGUAAACCUUUAGUUUUCUGUUAAAGAAUUUUGAAUUUUAUUCAAGUUGAAACAUUUCGAAAUUUUUAUUUUUUACUAUUUUUUUAUAUUUUUUUUUUAGAUUUCCAUGUGCGCUUUAGAAUUUUAGAAAACUGUGAUCCUAUACUUUUGUGUUUUAUUUGUAUUCUAUUUUAUAAUAACGAACUAUUUUUCUUGGAAAUAUUUGGAUUCGUGUAUUUUUGCUACCAUUAUUGAAAACACUCAACAUCUAUAUAGACCGUUUAACCCUGUACUUAAAUCACCAUUUCAAAUCAAAACUUGUAAUUUAUAAAUUACAAGUUCCAAAGCACAGUUAACUCUAUUUUUCUAUAAGACUGCUUGUUAUGCUAUUUUUAGAUAAUCUAUACAGGAAUAUUCACACAUUCCUGUAUACAUUUGAUUUUGUUGAGAAAAAAAUAUUCACUUUUAUUUUAUUUUUUUUCAAUCAAAUUCAAACACCGGAUAUUGAAGUGCCUGCAUAUUUUUUUAGUAUUCAUAAUUUAGCUCAGAAGAAUAUAUAUAUUUUGUUACACCAGUGGUUACCUUUUCGAGAUGUAAGAUUUUUAUAAACCAAAGUUUCACUUUGUAAAAAUAUGGGUUUUAAGAUGCAUUUUGUAUUUCCAACCCUUUUUUAAAAGCGUUUCCUGAAGCUUGUGUUACAUCAAAUUCCUAAGGAUUCUGGUUUCUUCUUCUGAAUCUUUUUGUGUUAGGCCAAGUAAAAUGUAUUUUACAUUAUUGUUACCUUUUCGAGAUGCAAUACUUAAUAAAAAACGAAGUUUGAAUUUGUAAGAUAUUUGGGUUUUAACAUGCAUUUGGUAUUAUUGACCCUUUUUUUAUACCGUUUCCUGAAACUUGUGUUACAUAAAAAUUCCUAUGAAUUAUGUUUUUCCCUGAAAUCUCAAGUUGUUUUAGUAAAAUGUAUUUUCAACGACAUCGUUUGAAUUCAAGUUAAAUACAUUGCUUUGAAAAAUGUCGAAUAUAGCAAUAACUAGUCGACUGUUACGUCUUAACUUGAGGAAUUAUUUUUGUGUGUUUCAACUGCCGUGCGCAUGUGUGAAAAGGCAAUAAAUGUAAAACACUUAAAUAA